GGCGUAUUCGCGAAUAUACGGCGCCGAAUACGUAUUCCGGUAACGGCAGCGGGGCCUCUGGCUCCCCGCCACACACGCGAAUGCCGCUCCUCCACCUCUCGCUCCCGCCGCCGCCGCACCGCCGCCUCCUCGUCGGCGCCCCCCGCCGCCGGCUGCUCCGCCACUCCCGCGUCUGCGUAAGGGCGGCCGCGGCGGAGGCGGAGGCGUACGGCAUCCUCCCCUUCCCCCCGGAGCGCGCCGCCCACCAUGGGGAGCUCGCGGCGGCUGCGGCGGCAGUCGAGCGGGCCUGCCACCUCUGCAUAGACGUGAAGAGAACACUUCUUUUGGGUGAUAAGAGGAUUCUUGAAAAGAAUGAUCAAACUCCUGUCACAGUUGCAGAUUUUGGAGUACAAGCCCUUCUUAGUUUAGAGCUCCAGCAAUCGUUUCCAUCAAUACCUUUGGUGGCAGAAGAGGAUUCAGCUUCUCUAAGGUCAUUCAAUGCUGAUGAUAACGGUAGUAAUGUUCUUGUUGAGUCAAUUUCAAGUGCUGUUGCAGAAAAAGUGAGUAAUGCUGAUUCACUUUUAACACAUGAUGAUGUGUUGAGAGCUAUUGAUAGAGGAGGCAAGAAUGCUGUAUCCUUUGAUUCAAAACCUGCUACUUAUUGGGUACUUGAUCCAAUUGAUGGAACAAAAGGGUUCUUGGGAGGGGACGAUGCUCUGUAUGUGGUGGGUUUGGCUCUUGUGGUGAAUGGGGAGGUGGUAGCAGGAGUGAUGGGAUGCCCUAAUUGGGCCAAUGAUAACAUAGCUAGCAGAAAAGAAGACGGUGCUGCUGCCCGACCUGAUUGUGGGAUCCUUAUGAUUGCUCAUGUGGGCUGUGGUACUUGGUCUAGGCAUCUGUCUAUCGAGAUUGGCCAGUUCACUACGGCACAGGAUACUUGGCACAGAUGCUUAGUGGAUUCUUGUUCAUUUGUGCAUAUGGCACGCUUUUGCAUUCCUGAUAGUCAAACCUGGGACAUGAUACCACUAUCUGUUCUCUUCAACCCAACAAUGGACGAAUCCAAUCCUAGAGAUGAGAAUGAAAUUCUCCUCUUAUCUGUUUACUGUGGCAGCUUGUGCAAGUACCUAACUGUAGCUUCCGGGAGAGCCUCAGUUUUUGUCCUUCGAGCACGGACGAAAAAUCUCAAGUCUUGGGAUCAUGCUGUCGGAGUAAUUUGUGUGCAGGAAGCUGGAGGUCAGAUCAGUGACUGGACUGGGAAACCGUUAGAUCUUGCAGCUGACCUAACUGGUCGCAGAGACAUUUACCCUUCAGGCGGUGUUCUUGUCACGAACGGUGCUCUGCACGGCAAGCUUGUUGAAAUGAUCUCAGCAAAUCACAAGUAGCUGCAAUUUUGCAUAACUGCACACAUAACACAGAUUUUUUUUUUUGGGUUAACAUUUUACCUCAUCGACCCUCAAAUUGUAUUUGGUCUCUCAUUCAGGAGAGAAACCUUGCAGACUUGUUCAGAUUACUUCCAAUAUCAUUACAACAUACAACAGAUAUACAUGACAGAAAGCACUGCUCCCCUCUGAAGAUACAUGGUCUAAGUCAUCCUACAUCAAAUUGCUUCCAGAAUUAUACAACCUUUUGCCUUCACAAUGUGUGAAUAUGUUGGAUAAUCCUGAAGGUUGCAUGGUCGCAUAACAUCCACGCACACCUGAAGCUUGCUACGAGGAGAAAACUUGGACCAAUCUGACAGCAAUGCACCAUGCAGUGAAUCGGGGAUGUAUGGUUUGGCCACCAAUUUUCAAACCGAAGAAAAGGACACCCAAAAGGUCUGCAUCUUUGCCAAUUUGGCUCCAUUUCAGGAUAACGACCUUCAGGUCCUAAUGCAGAAUUGGCAGCUUCUAAUUAUGAUUAGCCCAACAAAUUCCAUGAUCAGCAACAAUGCUGCUUACGGCCUGAAGAUCUUGCCCUCCAGUGACACGUCUGCACCAGCUACGAAUUCAGUAGAUGGCCUAUAGUUGGAUUCUUGUUGUAAUAUAUGUUGACUUU